CGGAUACCCAGUCCCCGGCCCUCUGCCUCCCCAUCCCUCGGAGACUGAGGGUCCCAGCAGGCCAUGCAGCUGUGCCAAGGAGCCUGCAGCAUGGCAGCGGCCGAAGUGCCCGGCUACCUCGUGUCCCCUCAGACAGAGAAGCACCGGCGCGCCCGCAACUGGACGGACGCGGAGAUGCGUGGCCUCAUGCUCGUCUGGGAGGAGUUCUUCGACGAGCUGAAGCAGACCAAGCGCAACGCCAAGGUGUACGAGAAGAUGGCCAGCAAGCUGCUGGAGAUGACCGGGGAGCGCCGGUUGGGCGAGGAGAUCAAGAUCAAGAUCACCAACAUGACCUUCCAGUACAGGAAAUUAAAAUGCAUGACAGAUAGCGAGUCCGUCCCGCCCGACUGGCCCUAUUACCUAGCCAUUGAUAGGAUUCUGGCCAAGGUCCCCGAGUCCUGUGAUGGCAAAGUGCCGGACGGCCAGCAGCCGGGGCCCUCCGCGUCCCAGACCGAGGCGUCCUUGUCGCCGCCUGCUAAGUCCGCCCCUCUGUACUUACCGUAUGACCAGUGCUCCUACGAAGGCCGCUUCCAGGACGAUGGCUCCGACAGCUCCUCCAGCUUACUGUCCCUUAAGUUCAGGUCGGACGAGCGGCCCGUGAAGAAGCGCAAGGUGCAGAGCUGCCACUUCCAGAAGAAGAAGCUGCGGCUGCUGGAGGCCAUGCUGGAGGAGCAGCGCAAGCUGAGCCGUGCCAUGGAGGAGACGUGCCGGGAGGUGCGCCGCGUGCUGGACCAGCAGAACCUCCUGCAGGUGCAGAGCCUGCAGCUGCAGGAGCGCAUGAUGAGCCUGCUGGAGAAGAUGAUCGCCAAGUCCAACGUGUAGGCUGCCGGGCGGGUAGGCGGGCGGGCAGCCAGGGCCAGGCAAGCCGACCACACGACACGGGCCAGCCGGGCCAGGCCGGGUCCCGGAGGAGGCAGACGGCCUCCUGCUGGCCCCUGGGGCUGCUCCCGGUUCGGACUUCCCCGCAUGGAAGCCGCUCCUCAGACACAGGCCGGGGACUCCAGGCUCACUCUGGGGCCAUUCCCUAGUAAGAACUCCUAGCAUCUGUUCUCCAAUACCGUCACUAUCAGUGAUACUUGAAAUGGCUUUUGAUAUCAAAUGUGUAAUUUUUCAUAACUCCCUGGAAGCAGAGUUCGCUUUUCUCAGCUCAGAGGGAAUGCACCAGGUUGGUCUAUUCCAAAAACAAAAGCGAACAGAAACAGGCUGGUGGCAGCUUUGCGCCCAGAACAGAAACCCUCCCUAAAGGGGAAGGGGAGACAGCUGUUUCAUCCCACACCAGAGUCCAUAGCGUCUUUCAGAGCUAGCCUCUGACACCAGGGCGAACCCCAAAGAGCCCGCGAGAAUGCUAACAAAGCAAGGACAGCUGCCCACGUGUACCACCCGGUUCGGUUUUCUAGGCCCGGGAUGUUGCGCUGAUGAGACGGAGACCUGGCCUCACGCACUCACACUCCAGUCGGGCAGGCCCUCUGGAUCGGGACCCGCGGUGCAGGGCCGAGCAGGGGUGCGGCGCCCCAAGCUGUGAGACAAAGCUCACCUCCCUGCACCCCCCCGUCACCAGGGGGAAAACCUUUCCAGACACUUCUCUAUUGAAUUCCUCCUAAGUGUUGUCGGCCACUGGGGCUUUUGGUCCCCGGCUGCAAAGACAAAGGGCUCCCUGCCUGGGACCAGCAUGUUGCUGCCCACACAGCAGGGUUCUGAGGCGACACGGCAGGUAACGUGGUUUGACUUACGGUCUAGGAAAACUCCUGACAGCUCCUGAGCAGACCUGUGGCGGGUGGGGUGAAGGCAGAGGUCCUGCCAGGAGGCUGUCACAGUCAUCUGACGCUGCAGUGGUCCUUGAAGCCAGCUGCCCGUGGUCGCCCAGGUGGUGCCGAGGCCAGCCCCAGGCCCGGCUGCAGUGGGCAAGAGGCUGGGCGGCCGUGGAGCCCAGAGGGGCAGGAUGUGCCCGGCUCAGCCACUUCGGGGACCUCCUCAGCGUAGUGCCGUGGACUCAAACCAUGCUGCUUUGGGACCAAAGGCAAUAGUUUGGUGAACGUGUAACAGGCAGUUCUGCUGAAGUGUGAACUUGCCGUAUUUCUGCCAAAACAUGCGGUGUUCCCGCCAAGGCCAGUGUCAGCUAGCAGCACGAUAUCACCGCAGCUGUGGGGGGAGGCGUGCAUGGAACAAGCCCCAGCACCCCACUGCAGGGGAGACCCUGGGGCGUCGCGUGCUGAAGACCCGAGCCAGGGGCUGGUUGCAGGCACAGGAAGCAGCUGCCUCUGAGACAACAUGCCCCAGUGAGAACUUGGUCGUUUGACAGAUACUGGGCCACUGGAUGGAUCCCCGUCCGAGCAGCCAUGCCCGAGGGUCACCGAGGUGGCAACAGACUGCGGCUCUGGGUGACCGUCCUGGUGCUUCUGGAGCUGGUGCCGUGGCCGUGACGCGCACCAGGGUUUCCAUAGCAGUGGAAGGCCGCGGUUGCAGUAUGUUACAUAGCAUUUUUGCCUUUGAACUUAGAGGCCGUUCGCACUGUUUUAUUUUCCCAGCUUUCUCUUUGAGUGUGGGGUCAGGGCUCGCUCUCUCCAUGUGUCACGGAGUCGGUGCUGUCUUACGCUCCGCUGGACUGGAGCGGAGCCGGUGCGGACCGGCGGAGGUCAGCCGCGCGACCGCCCAUGUCACGCCCUUCGUAAACCGUGUGUCCAUCGCGAGUUUCUGAUUUCUUCUGUAGUUAUCGGUCCGUUAAGGUGGGGAAGUGGCUAUAUCAGUAAACGCUAAGCUAUUUGAUAAGAUCCAGCAAGACAACCUGUACCAAAAAUGGAAAUCGGGAACCAGACGAACAAGCUUGCUUUCACCUUUAUUAUUUAACAUUGGUAUUUUUAGCUAAUGCAUUAAGACAAACAAAAUAAGCAGGAUAACAGAAAAUUACCUUUAUUUUCAGAUGAUAUUUUUAUAUUCCCAGGAAGGAGAUAUACAAGAGAUCAAAAGCUCUUUAAACCACCUUGAACCUGUGAAUUAUGAGAAUGGAAUAUUCCGUUCACAGUCAUGAUUGAGAACCGCAGGGAAUCUAUGAACGAGUUUAACCAGAAUGGUCCAGGAUUGACACGAAGGAAACUGUGUGGUUUUAUUGUAAAAUCUAAAACAAUUCCUGAGCAUGUGGAGAAACCACAUGCUCCUAAAAGCUCCAAAGUAAAGUGUCAUCAUUUUAUUAAUGUAAUUCCAACAAUAUUCUCAAUAACAUUGUGGGUUUUUGUUUUGAAAUGGAAGAAAGUUGUUUAUUUUUUUUAAGGGGGCCCCACACCCAGCGCAGAGCCUGACACGGGGCUUGAACUCACGACCCUGAGACCAUGACCUGAGCUGAGAUCAAGAGUCAGAUUCCUAACGGACUGAGCCACGGAGGUGCCCCUGAAGGAAGUAUUUUUAAGUUCGAAUGAAAAAGAAAUGAGGGCAAAGGGAAUGAGGCUAAAGGAUGGAAGGAGACCUGCAGGGCCUCACGAAGCGCCGGGAAAUGCAGAAUAAAACGCGAGCGUGCCAUCGUACACCCCUGCGGCCGGUGUGCCGUCUGCCAGGGUCAGAGCUGGAAAACCAUCAGGAGACAGAAACAGACUCCGCGAGGGGGAGCGGAACAUGUCACGAGCCGGCGGGAGCGGUGGGGCUUCAUCCCACAGGCUGGAGACGCGCUUGCUGGUUGGUGCCCAGGGUAGGGGCCUCGGUGCCAGCAGGGCCACUCCACGCUCUAGGAGAGACUGAAGAUGUCACCGCCUGUGUUCCUGUGGGUCCUCACUACCAAUACUAACCCUAAGAGACGACCGUACUAGAAAUCAAGCCCAAGACUUAAAAACUGUACUCAUUUAAAAAUAACAAUAAACCCAUUACAUGUUGACAUAAACAACAAUUGCAUGAAAAAUACAUUUUCCCAAACAAAAGGUUUUCACGAGAAGAGGGGUAUGUAUUACACGCCCUACGAUCUCUGGCUUGGGAGAAGGCCGCGGGCUGCCCUGACCACCGCCCCGACCGGCUCCAGACUCGGUCUGCCACGGGACGUGCGAGUCUCAGCGGGACAUCCGGCGCUGCCCCGAUGGGUAUUUGGAAAAGAAAGGGAUCUUUUACUAACGCGUGCAGGUCGCUGUGGACACCCCUCCUGGAGGACCCUGGCCAUGCAGCUGGUCGCCAUGUGGACUCAGCCCGCCAGCGCUUCCAGAGCUGUGUGGCGCCCGGGGGAGCCCCGCUCGCCGCGCUCCCGUACCGCCGUGUGCCGGGCCCGUGGAACAUACCACUCCACCAGGUCAGGCCAGGCUUCUGUGCCCACAGCGCGGCAGACGCCAGCAGAAACGCACUCUUGUCGCCCUCCUGGGGCAAGUUGUCAGGCUCGGGCCGUGGAGGUGGCUCCUUCGAAGUUCUGAUCUUGGCACAAGAGCCGGAAUUUUGGCGCUGGUCACCACGACCACGUGGUGACGCAGGGGCAGCUGUCCAUUUCCAAGAGACGCACGAGUCCCUUCAGGUAAAAAGCGUGUUUCCGUGGAGAGCGUGUCCAGGUGUCCUUCGGCGGUAGCGGGACGAUGGCGCACGGGCUGCUCCCCCGACGGCGUCGCGCUGAGGGUGGGACCAGAGUGUGUCACACAGAAUAUUAGAAAGAUGUGCCCAAGGGCCAAGGUUUAGUAAAAUCAGUACGCGUCACUGCCUCAUCAGGGACGCUCUUGGGAAACUGGUGUUUUUCGCGUGUGUGUGGUGGGAGGGACGCAGGACCCUUGGCCGGGGUUUUGGUGCCCGUCCUGAUUCUCGCCGAGGACCCAGCACUGCGCAUGGCAGCACGCUGAAGAUGACCGAGGGCGUUUUUCUUCCGUAACAACUGUUUGGGGCUCAGGGACAUUCGGUGGCCCACAGACCACAGUCCCUUUCGGGGGAGGCCCAGGCACGUGUGCGAGGCAACGGGGAUGAGAACAUGCACGGUGGCCUUAUUUGUCGCUGGGUGUCCUGGGAAGCUCCGAGUGUCCCGCGGCGGGGACAGGGGUGAGGAGAGGCGCUGAGGCCUGUGUGCGUCCUCCCCCACCCUGAUGGCCCCUGUGCGCUGAGGCCCAGAGGAGGCCCUGCCUCCCUCCCUCUAACCUCUGUCUUGCUGACCCCCUGCGGUGUGCCCGGAAUGGGGAGUCGGUGGUUGUAAAACAGGGGCUUGACGAUGGGGGUGGGGAGACACCCCGAACAAAGACAGUGGGUUCGGAGCUGGAGGGGCCGCGCUUCGGGGAGAACCAGCACCAGAGGGGCUGCUAGAAACGCGAGAGUCGGCCUCCCGGGAGCCAGCUGAGCAAGUCUGGGGCGGGAAUUCGGUGAGGUGGGAGCCCACACGUUCCCGCCGGGGAAGCAGGCCGACAGGACCUUCCUGGUUUCCGUCAGCGUCCCCGUGCUGACUGGCCCUGAGCCAGCUGCCAUCGCCAGGCUCCGAGUCCGGACGCUCACAGCACACGCAGGCGCAGCCCCCACCCACCUCCGGUGGGCCCAGUGGGACCCCGCACCAACCCCCAGGUCGCCUACCCACUUCCUGAAGGUGUAACUGGACCGAAGAACAGGCCCAUCCCCUGAAUGGCCCCGGAGCCACCUUACCUUCCAGGAGUGUGGAUUCCCGGCGCAUCUCGGGUCGGCUUCCAAAGACAGAUGUGUCUUGGAGGACAACGGGGGACUCUUCAGCUCGGUCGUGGGGACACCCUUUGCUGCUGCUAUCCCACGUGAGGUGUGUUUACUGGAGCAGAUCCACAGGCCCACAACCAGCGCUUUCCGCCCCCCAGGAGCAGAGGUCCCGGAUGGGGGCCUCGUGGGCACUAGCUCAACAUCACUGCUUCCUUCCAAGGUGGUAUCAGUCCCCUGCUGCGUGCCAUUGCCUUCGGGGACCCCCACCGUCUCGUGUUUACGCACAGUGGUGACCCCACCACUGGGUAAAGGCAGGGGAAGAGGAGGGAGCAGGUGCAGGGGCCUCACGGUGAACCACGCAUGCGUGUCGGGAGAGGAGGGAGGAGAGAACCCCGGAAAAUGCAGGGGUCAUCCUCCCAGGGGGGCUGUGGGACUUCGGUGGCCCCCAGAGCGACGGCCACUCACUGGGGCGAGGGUGCAGGGCGUGCUGGCCUCUGCGGGGCUGGGCAGCCACACGAACCUCACUGUGUCCCGUGGACGCUCCGACCACAGCUGGGAGUGGGCCGGGGCGGGCGGAGGACGCCCUGCAGUUUGGGCGCUGGCCACACCGUCUUUGGCAGGUCACCGGUCUCCUUUGGAAAACAGCUCUUGGUGCGGGGGUUUCUGGCGCUCACGCGACCCUGGGACUCCUUCUGGUCACCAGGGAGCCCCUUCCUGGUUACCCUGGUGUGCGUGUGUGACAUGGUCGGGAAGAGGAGCCGGCGGGCACGUGUGUGUGUCUCCGCACCCAGCCUCUGCACCCGCCCCGUUCAGGGUCAUGGACACCUUCCUGGGUGCCGUCGUGCGGCAGCUCCCCUGCCGACGGACAGAUCCUUCCCAGCUCUCGGCCGUGGUGCGGAGGACAUCCUGUGUGCGCUUGUGCACGCUAGCGAGCGUUCUUAGAACCAGACCAGACAGCUCUAGGGGAACGGAAAGUUGGCCAGGAAAGUCCCCGCGUUCCGCUCCGUGGCUCGCGGGUGAGGGAGGGGUCUGGUGUCACAGCACCGACUGCAGACGAGGCUGGCUCUGCACUCCCCAGUGGUUUUGCAAUUUUCCUUAAAAAUAAGCUGCCCAGGGAUGCCCGGCUGGCUCAGUGGGUGAAGCGAGUGACUCUCGGUCUCGGGGUGGUGAGUUCAAGCCCCACACUGGGUGGGGAGAUUACUAGAAAAUAAGCUUUAAAAAUCAAUCAAUAAAUUGCCCCCACGUGUGUGUGUCUCCAUCCACAGUCUGCAUUCUGUCCGUUAGUGAUGAUUUCCACCCUUGUGUCAACACAUCACUGUCUUAACUACGGUAAGUGUUGAGGUCUGACAUCAUACAUCUUUCAGCCUUGUUACUCUUUUUACAAAUCGUUUGGACAGUUGAAGUCCUUAGCAUUUCCACCUAGUUUUUUAAAUGCAGUAAAAGACACACAACAUAAAAUCUACCACUUUAACCAUUGCUGAGGGUCUAGUUUAGUGGCAGCAAGUCGGUUCCCACAGUGGCGUGCCCCUGCCCUCCACCCUCCCCGACUGGCCCUGUGUCCCCGGGGAGCAGCACCCCCCUUCUCUGCUCCCGGCCCUUGACACCCGGUGCCCUACUGUCUGUCUCCGGGCACUUGAUUCCCCCAGGCCGUCAUGUGAGUGCAGUGUGUCUGGCAUGGCGUUCUCCACGUUCACCCGUGUGGCGGCAGGUGCACCGGCCCGCUUGCGCACCGACAGAGCACGAGGGUCCCCUCUCCCCACGUCCUCGCCAACAUUGGUUCUUUCUGGUCUUUGUGACGAGAGCUGUCCUAACGAGGUGAGGUUCUGAUUGCCAUUUCCCUGCCAUGAGUGAUGCUGAGCAUCUUUUCGUGCUGGCCAUCUGUGUGUCUUCUUUGGAGAAAGGUCUAUUCAGAUCCUCGGCCCAUUUUUUAAUUAGAUUUUUUUUUCUGUGUGAGUUGUAACUAGCACGUAUUUUUGUGCAGUCGGUUCCUAGUGCGGGAUUUUGCAGGAUCAAAAGGAAUUGUCAAAAUGCCUUCCCAAGAUGCUGUCUGAACCAUGUCAGACCCUAAAAAAAGAUGAAAAUGUCCCAGUUCCUGCCCGAACCAACCAAAGCCUUAAUACCAACCUGAUUCUUAAAAAAAAAACCAAAACAAAAACACAGGAAAAUAAAGUGAAAAUUCUAAAUAAAAUACUAGCAAAUAUAAGACACCACAACAAAGUAAGGCUUCUUUGAGAAAAGUGAGGGCCUUCCCAGUCAGAGAACCUCCAGCAGAACUACCAAACUCACCAAGUCUGCGUGGGGGACGCCAUCGGAUUGCAUCGCGCACACGGUCCCUUGAAAAGCUCUCAUCAUGACAGGACUUGCAGGGAAAGGGACGCAGACGACGCACCCCCCCCACCCCCCGCCCCUCAGCCAGCCAGCGAGUGACAGCCACGCCCCGUAGGACUGUCAUUGUGGGUCUGCAUCGGCCAAGGACAAAGUCAUGGUGCGAACAUUGGAAAAGGAGAGGCAAUGAUUAUCUGUUUUCGCUAACGACAUGAUCAUAAAACCAGGAAACUUGAAAUAUUUAACAAAUCCUACUAGAUUAAUAAGCGAUAAAUAAAUAAAAUUAAUACAUAAAAUUCCUUUUUUCUAUAUUAUUAAUAACUGGUUAGAAACGGGAAAACUCCCAUUCAUAACAACCAAAGCUAUGAAAUGCUUACAAAUAAACGGAGCUGGAGAGGACUCUAAUCAUAGUAAGGAACAGAGAGGGACACCUGGGCAAAAGGUGUGACGCCGCGUCCCUCGGGGGGAUGUCCCCGGGGGGUAGGAUGUCUCUCAGGAGGACGUCACUUGGUGGGAAGGAUGUUCCUGGGGGGAGGACGUCCCUGGGGGAGAGAGGACAUCCCGGGGGCUCAUGUCCCUGGGGAGAACCUUGCCUGACACAACACAUUCUUUCCUGUCUCCCCACUUCCGCCUAUAAAUGGCUUCCGUUUUGUGCAUCUCCUUGGACCCCUUUCUGAGAUGAGACACCGCUUGGUUCAUGAAUCAUUACGUGAAGCCAAUUAGAUCUUCAAACGUACUCAGCUGAAUUUUGUUUUUUCACAGAUAAAACCGAACAUUCAGGGCCACGUGGACUUGCCUCAGGUAGAGACUAGUGUUGGUGGGGAAAGAUCCAGAACGGGCCAACCUACCCGGACUUGGGAUUUGACACACGUAGGGGCAGAGACCUCCAUACCCAGCGUUCGGUGGUCUGUGGUUGUUCGUGACUGGCAAGGAGACAGGGACAAAUGUCUUAUAACCUUCUACAAGGUUCAUCUCCGAUGGAUUAAAGAUGUAAAUGUUAAAAGUGGA